UCACACUUGCUCCACUGAUUUCUGAAGAAGAAGAAAGAAAGAAAAGUGCUACGACGUGGACAUAUCUGAUGAUGCAGACCUGCUUGUGUGCAACUACUUCCACUAUCACUUGCUUCGGUUGCCCACACAACAACAAAGCCGUAGGUCUUUUUUCUUCCAGCUCCCGCUCUUUUCAGGAAUUGAUGAAGAUACCCAGAUGGAAUACUCUGCAGAUCUCUUGGAGGCUCUUGCAUUCUUCUGCUGACCCUCCAUGUUAUCAUAUAUUUAUAAAAUAAAAACCCAUUGAAAUUUGAAUCUGGCAACUUCUUGUCACUUAUCACAGUGGCACACCCUUUAUCCUACCUUCUAGUUACUCUAGUACCUGGUAAUGCAAACAAGAAAUCUACAAUCUUUAGCAAGAGUUAUCACUACUUCCACCCUGAAAAGAAGUUGCAAUGUGGACGUUUACUCUUACAAUCGGUCGGUCGACGAUUUGACGAAAUCUGGUCACUUAGAUUCAGCUGUCCAGCUGUUUGAAUCUAUGCCAGCCCGCGACGUUAUUUCAUGGAAUCUGGCCAUCGCUGGCCACGCUCGCCAUGGAUUUCCACUAUUGGCUCUUGAUCUUUUCAAGGCAAUGGUUUCCCAAGGUGUUAGAGAAAGCUCGUCCACAUUUUCUUCCGUUUUGGCUAUUUGUAGCAACGCUGGGUUUCAUCGAGAAGGCUAUCAAGUGCACUGCAAGGUGAUUUUACUUGGGUUUGAUUCAAAUUUGUUUGUUGGGUCUGCUCUCGUUAAUCUGUAUAUGUCUUCUGCAAACCAUUGUAUUGCCCUGAAAUUGUUCGAUGAAUUGCCGGAGAGGAGUUUAGCCACAUGGAAUUUGGUUCUCCGCGGGCUUUGUUGGUUGGGUCGUUCAGAUGAGUUGUUAGAGCUUUACCAGAGAAUGGAGUUAGAUGGUAUCAAACCAAGUUGUGUUACUUCUUGUUAUUUGAUCCAUGCAUGUGGCAUUGGAGGGUACUUGAAUAAAGGAAAGCAGCUCCAUUGCUAUGUGAUAAAGAUUGGAUUGUUGCAGUCAAACCUGUUUGUUGCCAAUGCUUUGGUUGAUCUUUAUUCAAGUUGUGGAAGCUUGAUUGAUGCAACAAAGUCAAUCAAAAUCAUCCCUGCAGACGACAUAAUUUCUUGGAACUCAAUUAUAUCUAUUUAUGCUGAUCAUGGUUUCUUUCCUGAAGCUCUUGAAUUCUUUACUCGGAUGCAGUCAUGGGGAAAAAAACCUUCAGUUCGUUCAUUCGUUGCAUUAUUGAAUUUAGCUAGCAGAACCGAGACUCCUCAAUUUGGAAAGCAGGUUCAUGGGUACGUUCUAAAACUGGGAUUUGAUCAUGGAAAUGUCUAUGUUCGAUCUGCAUUGAUCGACAUGUACGGGAAGUGUGGAGAGAUGGAGAGCUCAGUAUCCUUGUUCGAGGAGAGUACAGAGAGAACAUUGGAGUGUUGCAACUCACUUAUGACUUCUUUGUUAAAUUACGGUGCCACUAAGGAUGUAAUUGAGAUGUUUGGGUUGAUGAUUGAUGAGGGAGUGGAAUUGGAUCAAGCCACUUUUUCUACGACACUGAAGGCAUUAUCAUCAUCUGCCUUGGUGAGUUUAACAAGCUGCACAUUGUUGCAUGGCUGUGUAAUAAAGUUGGGAUUUGAGUCUGAUAUUGUGGUUUUGUGUUCUUUGAUCGAUGCGUAUUCGAGAUGUGGCCAUGUCGAACUUUCAUGUAGGGUCUUCAAACAUAUUCCAGUUCUGAACACCUUCUGUUUCACGUCGAUCAUUGCUGGGUUUGCUCGAAACGGUAUGGGUAGAGAGGGACUAGAGACAUUUGAGGCCAUGAUUCAGAAGGAUGUGGAGCCUGAUGCCAUAACAUUCUUGUGUGUGUUAACGGGUUGCAAUUACUCUGGUUUGGUAAGAGAAGGUCAGUUGGUGUUUGAAGCAAUGAGAUCUGUUCAUGGGCUCUGCCCAGACCAGAGGCAUUAUUCAUGUAUGGUUGAUCUUCUUGGGCGAGCAGGCUUGUUGGAGGAAGCAGAAGAGCUGCUGAAAUUCGCUACAGUCAAGGGUGACUCAGUUAUGUGGAGCUCAUUGUUGAGGAGCUGCAAGGUCCACCGAAAUGAAAAGGUGGGAAGGAGAGCUGCAAAAGCUCUUUUGGAGCUUAAACCAGACGAUCCUGCAGCUUAUCUACAGGCCUUGAGCUUCUAUUCUGAACUUGGGGAUUCAGAUACUGUUGUGAGAAUUAGAGAAACCUUGGGGAGAAGAAAGAUGAGGAAGGACAUUGGCUACAGUUGGAUUGAGCUGAACACUUAUGGUUACCCUUGACACUUUGAACAGACUAGCA